AUGGCCUACGUUGUGCCUAUCCAUCGCGCAAGUGGCAUUCGCCAUGCUGUGAAACUAAACUUCAUAAACUCGGAGGAAGAGUGCUUGAUCGGAGAUCAACUAAUUCUUGGACAAUUCUAUAGCAAAGCGAACCGUCUAGAAUUCUACAGUCUCACUCCCGAUGGCCUUACCCUCACUAGCGCCCGCUCAAUCUAUGCGCAAGUGACGAUGCUUGCCCGCCUCCCAACGCCGGCAAAUUCAACGACUGAUCAUCUUUUUGUCGGUACAGACCAAUUGAAUUACUUCACGCUGGUCUGGGACAGCACAAAAAAUGAAGCUAAAACAGCACGCAGCUAUGUCGAUAUCUCUGAGCCGUCUUCUCGAGAAUCUCAAACAAAUCCACGAUGUCUUGUUGACCCGAGCGGACGGUUCAUUACACUUGAGGUCUACGAGGGCGUGGUUGUAGUCAUUCCUAUCAUAGAGCCAUCGAAGAAAAAAGGUCGAGUCUCGCAGGCCACCUUGGAGGCAGGUCCACCCCAGGUUGGAGAAUUGGGCGAAUUCACUGUUUCACGGAUUGAUGAAUUGUUCGUCCGGUCAUCAGCUUUCCUGCAUUCCGCGUCCAAUCUGCCUUGGCUAGUGCUGUUGUAUGAGGAUCACCAGAAGAAGAUCAGACUCAGAAUCCGGGAGUUGGAGUAUACCCGAGCCACCACGAGUGGUGCUGCGGAUGCGACUUUCAAAGAGGUUCAGGAUAAGAAGCUGGAAGGAGGAGUCUUUGGACAUGAACUCGAUCUGGGAUCCUCUCACUUGAUUCCUAUCCCAGCCCCAUUAGGUGGACUUAUUGUCCUGGGAGAAACAACGAUUAAGUAUAUUGACGACAACGCAAACGAUCUAAUCUCGCGCGAUCUAGAGGAAGCCACUAUCUUUGUGGCAUGGGAAAAAGUUGAUAGUCAACGUUGGCUGUUGGCCGAUGACUACGGCCGCUUGUAUUUUCUGAUGAUUCUCUUGAACAAUGAGGGCAAUGUCGAUGACUGGAAGCUUGAUCUUCUUGGGAGUACAUCUCGUGCCACUGUCCUUGUCUAUCUAGGUGGUGGAAUUGUCUUCGUCGGAUCACACCAGGGCGAUUCACAAGUACUACGAAUCGGAGAUGGCUCUUUUGAAGUCAUUCAGACCAUCUCAAACAUCGCUCCAAUCCUGGAUUUUACGGUGAUGGACUUGGGUAACCCUAACAGUGAGAGCCAGACACAUGAAUUCUCAUCUGGCCAAGCUAGAAUCGUGACAGGUUCUGGAGCAUUCGAUGACGGGACUUUACGAACCGUGCGAAGCGGAGUCGGAAUGGAGGAGAUGGGUGUCUUGGGUGAAAUGGAGCACAUAACAGACUUAUGGGGACUGCAGGUGUCAAGUGUCGAUGAUUUUCUCGAUACUCUUCUAGUUACAUUCGUGGACGAAACGCGUGUGUUCCGUUUCAGCUCUGAUGGAGAAGUUGAGGAGUUAGAGAACUUUUUGGGGCUGUCGCUGGGUGAGAGCACCCUGCUGGCCGCCAAUCUCCAGGGACGCCGAAUCUUGCAGGUUACAGAAAAGAGAGUGGUCGUUACGGAUGUUGAAAGUGGAAUGGUCGCAUUUAAUUGGACUCCUCCGACACAGAAAGCCAUCACCGCUGCAUCUGCCAACGAUGAACAUCUGGUCCUCGUCGUCGCUGGCCAGGUCUUAGUUUCGCUUGAUGUCAGAAGUGAUGUACGACUUAUCACGCAGAAGGAUCUUGGCGCCGACCAGCAGAUCUCCGGCGUUACGGUGCCUUUCAAUCCGGCAGGCAUCUGUAUCGCCGGAUUCCCUCAACAAGCCAAAGUAUCUAUCCUUAACAUUAGUGACCUAUCCGAACUCCUGAGCAAGUCGCUAGGUGAGGCUGGAGAGGCAUUUCCUCGGUCUGUCCUCGUGGCUGAAGUGCUCGAGGACAGCGAGCCAACACUUUUUGUGUCCAUGGCUGAUGGAAGUGUAAUGACAUUCUCAUUGAAUAACGAAGAUUAUUCACUCACAGGCAUGAAAAAAUUAAUACUGGGAUCUGAGCAACCGACCUUUAAAAAGCUACCCAGAGGGGAUGGCUUGUACAACGUCUUCGCCACAUGCGAGAACUCUAGUCUGAUUUAUGGCUCUGAAGGCCGUAUCAUCUACUCUGCUGUUAACUCCGAGGAGGCUUCUCGGAUAUGCCAUUUGAACACAGAGGCAUUCCCAGGAUCUAUCGCCAUGGCCACAGCCACUGAGCUCAAAAUCGUGCUUGUGGAUAAGGAACGCACAACCCAGAUCCAAACACUUCCCAUGGGAGCUACCGUGCGCAGAGUAGCCUACUCGCCUUCUGAGAAAGCCUUUGGAAUGGGCACUCUUGAUCGCAAGCUGGAGCAUGGAAUCGAGAUCGUCAAGAGUCAAUUUGUGCUGGCAGAUGAGAUAAUGUUCCGACGCUUGGACGUAUGGGACCUCAAUCCUAAUGAACUGAUUGAGAGCGUGAUUCGUGCUGAGCUCCCAGCCGGUAAGGAUCAAAAUGGCCGAGACCUCGUAAAAGACCGGUUCCUUGUCGGUACGGCGCUUAUGGACGAGAGCUCACAAGAGACUAUCCGCGGGCGGAUCUUAGUUCUUGAAGUUGAUCAUGGGCGCAAGUUAAUCCAGGUUGCUGAACUACCAGUCAAGGGCGCAUGUCGUGUGCUCGCUAUGAUGGGUGACAAGGUUGUUGCGGCGCUUGUCAAGACAGUUGUCGUCUUCAAAGUUGUCAGCAACGAGUUUGGCUCAAUGGAGCUUGUAAAACUCGCUAGUUAUCGUACCUCGACUGCACCCGUCGACUUGACUAUCGUCGAUGAUAUGAUCAUUGUAGCCGAUCUCAUGAAGAGUGUUUGCCUUGUCAAAUAUGUGCCGGGUAAGAACGGUAUCAAGGAUUCCUUAGUAGAAAUCGCUCGCCACUACCAGGCUAUCUGGAGUACAGCAGUCGCAUCCAUAGGCGAAGACACUGUUCUCGUCAGCGAAGCCCGCGGCAACCUGAUAGUCCUAUCUCGCAACAGCGAAGGUGUUACCGAGGCAGAUAGGCUUCGGCUUAUUCCGACAAGCGAGAUUUCGCUUGGAGAGAUGGUCAACCGAAUUCGUACCAUCAAUAUUCCCCAGCUAUCAAGUGUCACCGUGACUCCGCGAGCUUUCUUGGCAACAAUCGAAGGGUCCAUCUAUCUAUUUGCCGUAAUCAACCCUGACUACCAGGAUUUCCUCAUGACCCUCCAAAACUCAAUCGCCAGUCAUGUCAAAUCGCUCGGUAACUUGCCUUUUGACAAGUUCCGUGCAUUUCAUACACCAUCUCGCUCGGAACAGACACCCUAUCGAUUCGUGGACGGUGAACUCAUCGAGGAGUUCCUCCGCUGUCGUCCAAGCAUGCAAUUAGAGAUCAUGGAAGAUGUCGGCUCGAGCGAUGUCGAAGAGGUCAAAACGAUCAUCGAGGCACUGCGGAGACUGCAUUGA